AUGACCACCUUCUCUCUGGUGGCGCUUCCUAUCGUCGUCGUACUUCUCGUCGUGCGAUAUUACAAAGAGAUUUUCAAUUGGAUAUCGACAACUGCGAAGAGCAAGGGCUUUUUGAAAAAUGGAGGUACCCAUAGCCCCUCCGACGUCAAGCGCAUGGCACCGUACCCAGCACAGCCCAUCAAAGGCAGAGAGCGAUAUCGGGUCAUGAUGGACAUUCGCAAACUGGAUGUCCAGAAUUGGCUUACGCUUGACAAAAACUACAUGGAGGAGCAUUCGGUGCGAGACGACCUACUCCGUGAGAAACGAGACAAGGUUUUACAAUGUUUGCCCGAGUCAGCGCAAGCCUGUCAGGAGGCGCUGGAAGAAGUCUCCCAAUUUCUCUGCGAAAGAUACCCCAACAUGUUUCAAAAACUGGUGCAUGGCGACCGAACCUCCAUCCAAAAUUGCAUGACAGGAGAGCGAUUCGAUAUCGGUGGCUCAGUUUCUGGCGGUGAAGGUAUUGACGCGCUUGAGGCGGCUGUACGACUUACUAUGGAGGAUCUGAGCAUUUUGAUGAUGAAUGAAGAUGGCGAGUACUAUCUCGCCGCCAGCGCAAGUCUUUUCCCAACUGGAUGGACGGUCCAAGAGCGUAUCGGAUGGACGAUCUCCCGCCUCCACGGACCUGUCCCUCUGUGGCAUCAGCACGUUGCCAAUUCCGUGAGCAAAUUUCUGGCGCGGCUGACGCCAAAUUCCCCAAUGGAGCGGUCAAACUACUUUGUUGAGAUCAAACGGCCUGACGAGAAUCUGAUCGAGAUUUUGUAUCGGCCGAAGGGACUGUGCGAGAAAGAUCUGUCCGAUCCGUCUCCCGAGGAAAUUAUUAUUCGCCGAGAGAGACAGACUUUCCGCCGUAUGCCAAAAACGGGGACUAUCCUAUUCGGCGUCAAGACGUAUCUGACCACGCUUGAUCAGCUGCCAAUGCAGGAGCUGGAAAACCUCGCAAAGGAAAUGAGGAGCUGGCCUCAAUACGUGGGCGAGUACAAGGGCAAAGACGUUUGGGGUGCCAAAGUACUGGAGUUCUACAAAAGUCGAGCUGGUCAGAUGGAUGAGAAGUUUGAGGUAUGA